AUGGGGACUUUCGGCAAGUUCCCGGUUGACGCGGUGCUCUCGCUUCACCAGAGGAUCUUGGCCCACGACGCCCUCGCCUCGGCUUCCUCGGGCGGCUCCAUGUCCGGAAUGGAUCACGAGGACUCGGAUGUUCUUGCAGCUGAGCCGCGGAGGAAGGGUGGACUGCGACCAAGUGGGGCGGCGCCGAAAUUUAAGACACCCGCACCUCGAGCCAGUCUUCUGGGUCUCGACAAGCUGGCCGCGGAGAAGCGCGCCCAAGCUAGUGAGCCUCCAAGCAAGCGCUUCAAGGUGGAGGAGCCGGAAGAGGGUGCUAUUCCUGCUGUCCCUGUCAAGCGCGAGCACACCCGUGUCAAGGCUGAGGAGACGCCGAGUCACGGAGGUGGACUGUCCGAGAUUGCCCGUCAACGGCUAGAAGCUCGACGACGUGAAAAGAACAAGCCUCAGACCCAGACGUCCGCUGCCGUCCCCAAACGCGAGGAGCGUCGUGGGUUCGGAGACUUCCAGGAGAAGCUCAACAAGGGCAGCUGGCAGGACCGAGACCGCGACAGGGGUUACGAUCGGAGAGACCGCGACCGGGGGUACGACCGCGAUCGGGAGGACCGACGAGACGAUCGUGGCUACGAGCGUCGCAGUGGAAAGAACUGGAGCGAUGAGCCAACUCCAAGGGAAGACCGCCGGUACGAUGGAGGGAGCAUGCGUGUCCCGAACCGUGGGUGGGAUGAAACCCCUAGCGGAAGACGUUGGGACGGUGGCCCAGGACCAUCAGGACGGAGUCGCGGCUGGGAUGAAACGCCUAGCAGGAGCCGAGACGAUUCGCCCGUGUUCGAGGUCGAUGCGAAAGAGUGGGAGGAAGAGCAGAUGCGCCUGGAUCGCGACUGGUACAGUUACGACGACGAGGGCGCCGUUGCCGGCGAUGAGGAGCACAAUCCGUUUGCCCAGUGGAGCAACCUUGAGACGAGCAAAGAGGCGGAGAUGGAGCAAAAGGUUGCCAAGCGACAAACAGCAAGGCAAGCUCAAUACUGGGAGAACAACCGAAUGUUGACGUCGGGUGUCAUGAAAGCCGGUGACUUGGACGAGGACUUCGAAGACGACCCAGAAUCCAAGGUGCACGUGCUGGUGCAUGACCUGAAGCCGCCGUUCCUCGAUGGACGCACUGCGUAUACCAAGCAGUUGGAGCCAGUGACUCCGGUCAAGGAUGUCACCAGCGACAUGGCGCAGUUCUCCCGGAAGGGAAGUGCUCUCGUUCGCGAGCGACGAGACAGGAAGGAGCGAGAGCGCGCCGCGGCCAAAGCCGCUUCCAUGGCUGGAACGACCCUGGGUAACCUCAUGGGUGUCAAGGACGAACCCGACCUCGGUGAGGAGGGCAAGGAGGUCGACGAGAACAACUACAAGGCUGGAUCACAGUUCGCGACGCAUCUGCAGAAGAACGACGGAGUUUCCGACUUUGCGCGGACGCGGACGUUGAAGCAGCAGCGAGAGUACCUUCCGGCAUUCGCUGUCCGGGAAGAGCUGAUGAGGACUAUUCGUGACAACCAAGAGACUGGUUCCGGAAAGACGACGCAGCUGGGCCAGUUCUUGUACGAGGACGGAUAUUGCGCCAAUGGCAUCAUCGGCUGUACUCAGCCGCGUCGUGUCGCGGCCAUGUCCGUGGCGAAGCGUGUCAGUGAGGAGGUUGGCUGUGAGCUUGGAGGGACCGUCGGAUAUUCCAUCCGUUUCGAGGACUGCUCUACCAAGGAAACGAAGAUCAAGUUCAUGACCGAUGGUAUUCUGCUGCGAGAGUCGCUGAACGACGCGGACCUCGACAAGUACUCUGUCCUGAUUCUAGAUGAGGCGCACGAGCGCUCUCUGUCGACCGAUAUUCUCAUGGGUCUGCUCCGCAAAAUUCUCAUGCGCCGCCGGGACCUGAAGCUGAUCGUGACGUCGGCGACGAUGAACGCCGACAAGUUCUCAAAGUUCUUCGGAAACGCCGCCCAAUUCACGAUCCCUGGUCGUACCUUCCCUGUCGAAAUCUACCACUCCAAGUCGCCUUGCGAGGACUACGUCGAUGCCGCGAUCAAGCAGGUGUUGCAGAUCCACCUAACGCACCCGAAGGGCGACAUCCUCGUAUUUAUGACGGGUCAAGAGGACAUCGAAACGACCUGCGCCGUUGUGGAAGAGCGACUGGAGACGCUCGACGAUCCGCCACCACUCGCGGUUCUGCCCAUUUAUUCGCAAAUGCCCGCAGACUUGCAGGCGAAGAUCUUCGAACCAACGCCUGACGGGCGGCGCAAGGUGAUCGUGGCGACGAAUAUUGCGGAGACGUCCCUGACCGUCGACGGUAUCCUGUACGUCGUCGACGGCGGCUUCUCCAAGGUCAAGAUCUACAACCCGAAGGUCGGUAUGGACGCACUCCAGAUCACGCCCAUUUCCCAGGCGAACGCCGGACAGCGUGCUGGUCGUGCCGGUCGUACUGGUCCAGGAUACUGCUACCGCAUGUACACGGAGAUCGCGUACCUCAACGAGCUGCUGCCAAACAAUAUUCCCGAAAUUCAGCGUACGAACUUGGCGAACACGGUGUUGCAGCUGAAGACACUUGGUGUGAAGAACCUGCUCGAGUUCGACUUCAUGGACCCGCCGCCGCAGGAGAAUAUUCUGAACUCAAUGUUCCAGCUGUGGGUGCUGGGCGCACUCGACAACGUCGGCGACUUGACCGAUGAGGGCCGGAUCAUGAGCGACUUCCCGAUGGAGCCGAGUCUGGCCAAGAUGCUCAUCGUGGCGACGAAGCACAACUGCAGUGCUGAGAUGCUCACGAUCGUAUCCAUGCUCUCGGUCCCGAGCGUGUUCUACCGUCCCCCGCAGCGUGCCGAGGAGAGUGACGCCGCGCGCGAGAAGUUCUUCGUCCCCGAGUCGGACCACCUUACGCUUCUGCACGUCUACACACAGUGGAAGAACAACGGCUUCAAGGACCAGUGGUGCAUGAAGCACUUCCUGCACCCGAAGAUCCUGCGCAAGGCGCGCGAGGUCCGCGGCCAGCUCGAGGACAUUAUGAAGGCGCAGAAGCUUCCGAUCGUGUCGUGUGGCACCGACUGGGACAUUGUCAGAACCUGGGCGACGCUGUACGGUCUAGGUUACAUGCCCGACUACGUCGUGUACCACGAGUUGGUUCUCACAUCGAAGCAGUAUAUGAUGUGCGUGACCUCAGUCGAUCCGUAUUGGCUCGCCGAGCUCGGUGGCGUCUUCUUCUCAAUCCGCGAGCGCAACUUUGACGGUCUCGCGCGUGCCCGUGCACAGAAGGAGUUCUCGCGCAAGACCGAGAUGGAGGCCGAAAUGGCGCGGCAGCGGGACGAGCGCGAGCGCGCCCAGGCCGACAAGAUCGCCAAGGCGGCGCGGACACCGCGGAUCGGCGGCGUCGGCACGCCCGCUAGGGCCGGAGCCACCCCACGGCGGGCAGGUAUCGGCGCUGGGUCGAGGACGAGCGCGACGCCGCGGCGCAGGGGUGGCAUCUAG